AUGCUUCUCAUAUUCGCCACCUUGGCCACUUUCUCUGGGCCCUCGCUGGGAUUCCCAGCUUCGUCUUCACUUGUCCACAAAGGGGCUAGUUCAGGCUCACUACUCGCCUCGCUGGCACUGCGAAAGGUGCUGAAAGAUGCAAGUCCCAUCUUCGGUGACCCUUCGACCCUCCUAGGGGCGGAAAACACAUCGGAACCAAAAACGGCAACAUGGAUGAAAGCCUACCACGACGAGACAAAGAUUGUACAUAUGAACUUGCCUGGGACUCAUGACGCCGCGACGUGGAACUACAGCCAUUCUACUCAAGACUCCUUGGAAUAUAUCAACGGACUCGCCAACAUCUCUGCCCAAGAUCCUGCAAACUAUAAAUGUCAGUCGAAGUCGCUGAUUCAGAUGCUCAAUGCUGGGAUUCGGGUCUUUGAUCUCCGAUACGCAUUUGAUGUGACGAGGACGAAUCUGGUCUUCUGGCACGGCAACGCUCUCCAAUCCGAGACAGCCACAGUCGAAGACGUGCUCUACGCAUUCUACCUCUGGCUAGACCAGCACCCUAGCGAGGCGCUCUUCCUGUCCUUCCAACACGAAAAUGGCGCAAAUGAUGCUCAGACACAGCUGGCACUAUACCAAGUUCUUACUUCCCCGUCUGCACAGUCGUACAUUGUACAAGCUCGAGGCCAAUUAGAUACUCUUGGCCACGCUCGAGGCAAGAUCACACUCCUCAAACGCUUCGACCUAGACUUACUCCCAGACACCUACGAAGACAGUAUACCAGGCCUGCACUUCUCCCCGCUCAAAUGGACGGACGAUGGCGACAACAUCGAAUUGGUCUACAAUUCGACUUCUGGCUCAACAGCAUACAUUGAGGACUACUACCACCCUUCCACUCCGAGUGAUUCGACAGCAGCAGAGAAUAUACAGUGGAAACUGAACGCCACCGAGGCACAUCUCAAUCGCGCCGCUUCCAAUCUUCACACAGACAGCCUGUUCUGGGGAUUCGCAUCUAGUACCAAAACGAAUAACGAACCACCUCUGACUCCACAGAUUCUGGCGCUGGGGAACGGGACGUUGACGCCGCAAGGUGGUGUGAACCAGCAGCUGGUGUCUGUGUUGCAGGGUAUGAGCGGUAAGAGGUUGGGGAUCAUGAUGUUUGAUUUCUUCGAAGAACCCCAGGGGUUCCUGGAACUGUUUCUGAGCCUCUUGAGACCAGACGAGGCGAGGAACUAUGGACUAUGA